UCCGAGCACUGGCUGUCUGACUCCAUCUGCAGGGCUGUAAUACCUACUCUCCUCAGAUCCAUUCACCACACAACUUCAGCCGGCUGAACAGACUCGCACGGCUCCAGCACGUCUUGCUAACCUAAUUCAGAAAACAAGUGCUGAGGCUCUCUGCCUGUCAUCUCCGCUCACUGUAGCAGUUUCAGGUGAUCCAGGAAACUAGGUUAUUUUUAUGAGCAAGUAAGAGAAACAGGAAUCAUGACGGGCAUGUAUUUAACAGACCGAGUACUGGAUAAAACUUAAAGCCAGUUACUAUUCAACAUAGUGGAAAGGUCACCUUGCCUGGCUGAGAAAAGAAGCAAAAUAUCAGCUUGUUGGUUUCUGUUAACAUCUUAGCUCAUGCCAGCCUCUUUUCCUUGAUGUUUGUACCAUCUUGGGAUAUCUAACUCUAAAGAGACAUCCUGUACUCAUGGUAGAUGACAAGGAAAAGAACAUGAAAUGUCUCACCUUCUUCUUGAUGCUUCCAGAGACGGUAAAGAACAGGUCCAAGAAAAGCUCGAAGAAAACAAAUACCAUCAGCAGCAGCAGCGGCAGCGGCAGCGGCAGCAGCAGCAGCAGCAGCAGCAGCAGCAGCAAGUUGCCUCCAGUUUGUUAUGAAAUAAUUACCUUGAAGACUAAAAAGAAGAAGAUGGCUGCUGAUAUAUUUCCCCGCAAAAAGCCAGCCAACUCCAGCAGCACCACUGUCCAGCAGUACCACCAGCAGAACCUCAGUAACAACAACCUUAUUCCGGCCCCGAAUUGGCAGGGUCUUUAUCCUACCAUCAGGGAAAGAAAUGCGGUGAUGUUCAAUAAUGAUUUGAUGGCAGAUGUACAUUUUGUGGUUGGGCCACCAGGUGGGACUCAGCGGUUGCCAGGACACAAAUAUGUUUUGGCUGUUGGGAGCUCUGUGUUCCAUGCAAUGUUUUACGGAGAACUUGCUGAGGACAAAGAUGAAAUCCGUAUACCAGAUGUCGAACCUGCUGCUUUUCUCGCUAUGCUGAAAUAUAUCUAUUGUGAUGAAAUUGACUUGGCUGCUGACACGGUGCUGGCUACUCUUUAUGCUGCCAAAAAGUACAUUGUCCCUCACCUUGCCAGAGCCUGCGUUAAUUUCCUGGAGACCAGCCUGAGUGCCAAGAACGCCUGUGUGCUUCUCUCCCAGAGCUGCUUGUUCGAGGAGCCAGACCUGACCCAGCGUUGCUGGGAGGUGAUCGACGCCCAGGCUGAGCUAGCUCUUAAGUCUGAGGGAUUCUGUGACAUCGACUUCCAGACACUGGAAAGUAUCCUCCGCAGGGAAACUCUGAAUGCCAAAGAAAUCGUCGUUUUUGAGGCAGCUCUCAACUGGGCUGAAGUAGAAUGCCAGCGGCAAGAUCUAGCUCUGAGCAUUGAAAAUAAACGCAAGGUCCUCGGAAAGGCACUUUACUUGAUCCGAAUACCUACAAUGGCUCUGGAUGAUUUUGCAAAUGGUGCUGCACAGUCCGGAGUUCUAACUCUCAAUGAGACCAAUGAUAUCUUCCUCUGGUACACUGCGGCCAAGAAGCCCGAGCUGCAGUUUGUGAGUAAAGCCCGCAAGGGCCUUGUCCCCCAGCGCUGUCACCGUUUCCAGUCCUGCGCUUAUCGGAGCAACCAGUGGCGCUAUCGGGGCCGCUGUGACAGCAUUCAGUUUGCGGUGGAUAAGAGAGUGUUCAUCGCGGGCUUUGGGCUGUAUGGCUCCAGCUGUGGCUCUGCGGAGUACAGUGCCAAGAUCGAACUCAAACGGCAGGGCGUUGUCCUGGGGCAGAACUUGAGCAAGUACUUCUCCGAUGGCUCCAGCAAUACCUUCCCUGUGUGGUUUGAGUAUCCGGUGCAGAUCGAGCCAGACACCUUCUACACAGCCAGCGUGAUACUGGACGGCAAUGAACUCAGCUACUUCGGACAGGAAGGCAUGACAGAGGUUCAGUGUGGCAAAGUGACUGUCCAGUUUCAGUGCUCCUCAGAUAGCACCAAUGGCACUGGGGUACAGGGAGGGCAGAUUCCUGAACUUAUAUUCUAUGCUUGAAAACACUUCCUGAAGCAGAGUGGGCUCUGAGGUGCACAUCUGGUUCCUACUUGCUUGAUGCUUAGCUUAUCUGCAGAUAUAUGGUCUGCGCAGGUAAUUUGUAAUGAAUGAAGUUGUAGGCAGUUUCUAAUUUCUUUCAACCUUUUAAUUAUGUACAGGCAAAAAUGCAGCAUUCGGCUUUUACUCUAUGCUUCAAAGAGCCAAGUUCUUAUUAGGGCUUUGUGGUUUUUAGAUUUGCAUUUGUCUGUGCAGCUGGGGAGAAUGUGUGCUCUUUUCCAACUGCCCCAUUGACCUCCCAGUGCUGUCCCUAUUAAGAAAAUUUUUUAAUCACCUCAGAUUUCCUUCAGGGCUUUAUUUUGACAAAUAGAAGUAAAUAGUCUAAAAUAAUAAUAACAAGAGUUAUUUUUAAACAGAACACCGCCCCCCCCCCAAAAAAAAACAGAUAAACCUCAGUGUACAAUUUUGAAAGAAGUUUUGUUUCAUAAUAAGUAAUAAUUUAGAAAGUAGACAGUAAUUAUGUUUAGCUCUUAUUUUAUUUUCCUUUUAAACAUUUUACUUCUGGAAUGGCUUUUUCUUAAAUCCUACAUUCAUAAGAUUGAUACAUAUUAAACACUGCAAAGUGUCAGUGUAGGGUGUGAAAAUAAGAAUUUGGAUGAUUGUUUAGACCAUGAUUUCUGCCACAAGCAGAUUUUCUCUAUAGAUGAGAAGACAAAGCAUUGCAGUAUAGACACUUUUUUAGAAGUAACUAAAUUAUAAAGUUUUGUCAUUAGAAAAAAGUUGCAGGCCUAUUUAUUUUAAACUAAAACAUUUUAGAAAGGAAACCUAAAAAAGUCCCAUACUACAAAUGGAUUAAUUGAUGGCACAAUAAAAUGCACAGUUUGAAAAAGUCAAACACUUUUCUCCCCACUUAGCUUCUGAUCCCCACCAUUUGCUUGUUUUCCAAGUCGUACUGUAUAUAUUCCUAUUCCCUUUUUUUAUGAAAAGAGGACCAAACAGUUCUUUUGAUGAAUGAAAAACAAUUAGUUUUGUAGCACCACGUGUUACUAUAAUGAUACCUUUAUUCAUUGAUUUUUUUUUUUUUAAAUCUGAAAUAUACUUUCCCUGUUUUACUUUGACCACAUGCUGUCUUCUUAGUGAAUUAUAAUUCUGUCUUGUUCCUGGACUGCUAGAAUCUGGCCUCUGGCCAUCCUAAAGUGCCAAUAUAUUCCUGCAGGGUUUUAAAAAAAUGGUCUGGAGCGAUGCACUUGAUCAGACCUAAUAGUCACUGCGUCAUCAUCACAUCCAGCUCUCUUAUUUGUCCCUGGGUAAUGUAAACAAAGGAGGGAAAAGCUCAUCAAAACAUUCUCCUUCAGUGAUGGCUUAUAAUGGUUGAGUGCCCAUGACCCUGGUAGUAUCCAGUGUGUUCACUUCCAGUUGAAGUAUCUAUGUGUUUCUGGGCAGCUUUUCUGCUCAGUGUGAUCCUGAGAUGGCUUCCUUUGCCACCCAGAGUGUGGUCCCUGGCCACCUCCUUCUCCUGCUCUGCAAGCCUGAAGCUGGCUUGUCUGGAGCCAGGGGUUAGUCCUGGGGUGGGUGUGUGUGCGUGGGCACCCAUGUGCAUGCAGGUUGUUUGCCGACUCAGGAAUUGUCUCCUCCCUGCCUGGCCAGUGAGAGGUGGGACAGAAAUGUUCCCCCUGCUGGCCCCAGCAAGGCCCCAGUCAGUGACUGCCCUUACCAAAGUCACUGUGUUUCUGGGCCGCUUCUUCCCCUGUAGACAAGGGCUUGCUGCUUUUGGCCAGCUUUCCUGAUGGAGGAAAACACUGGAUUAUGGGAAAUGUUUUAAUUGUCUUUGCCAUUACCUACAUCUGUUAGCAUAGAUGAUCAAAAGCUGUUACUGGUGAUUAUAAAUGAGUACUCCCAGGACAACUUUCCAAAAUUAUCUAACAAUUAUUUCUUAUUAGAGAAAUAACAGAUAGUAGUGUUGGCAAAGGAUCUAUGAAAUAAACAUACAUUUUCAAUUUAAAAAAUACUCGUACAAAUGAUUUUGUUUUUAAAUUAUGAUUAAACAUUUCAGGAAUUCAUAGCUACCAUGCAAAUUGGUAGACUAUAUACCUGAUAACAAGGCACUCAUUUUUAAGCCAGAGGAGAAGAAACUUUGUUUAUUACUAAGUUCAUCAUAUCAGAUUGUGAGGUGGGUGUGACAACCUUAAAGUGAAGAUUGUUCAUUCCAUAACACUCACUGUCCAUGCUCCUGUUAGCUAGCUGCCCUCCAUGUGAACGCCCCAUGAGAUCCUGUACACUGAGUGCAGAAGAACCUGUAUGAUCGUUACUGUUACCUAAAGAAAAGACACACCACCUGAUUGGCUGGUGACGAGAGCUGUGGGUUAAAUUUGAAAAUUGUAUUCAGGAUAAGAAAUUUUAAAUCCUAGUCUCCCUUCUGCAUUUUGAGCAACAUGGAAUGAAGGCUAAUGUGCUUGCUUUAUUUUCUUUGUUAAUCUUAAAUUUUGUAGCUUUUAAACAUAGAAAGAAACUAUUGUUCCGACAAGGCAGGCAACUCUAGUGUAUAAACACAAUUUUAUUAAAAUAUUCUGUAAAUGCUUUUUCCAAUGUAUCUGGCAGUCUUUGCUGUUAUUCAUACUGGGGAUAACGGGGAACUAGGCUAGCAGCUCUAAUGUAACAUUCUUUAAGCAUAUCUUAAUAUAGUAUUUAAGUAAACGGUCUCAUUUCUAUAUAAUUAUUGCACUGAACUGUCUUUUUUGUUUUUUAAGUGUUGAAAUAAGCUCGACUAAUUCAAGUCACUAGCCAUUUGGGCAUCAGAGUGCUUGAAUUUAGUAGCUUACAGCAUUAUUUAUGAAGGAAAAUAUAUAAAUAUGAAGUACCUCAUGUUGAAUGUUAUUGUACUGUAUUUUUAAUGUAACAGUGCAGAUCUUGUUAGACACAUGAAUGUGUAUAAUCAUGUUAAAUGCAAAUAAAAAUAAAACUGAUUCAUAGA